UGCCAAAAUAGAGAGUGACAUCGUGUUUUGUACUGCAGAUCUGGGACCUUAAACAAAACAUCUUUUUUUUUUAAAUUACGUUACAAUUCGAGAGCCUAUCAAUUUUGACUCGUUCAGAUCUGGAUCAAAAUAAAUUGUGAUGGGAGUUCCAGCGUUUUUCCGUUGGUUAUCUCGCAAAUAUCCCAGUGUAAUUGUGGAAUGUGUCGAAAAUAAGACAGACGAUGGGACCGGCCAAUGGAUACCCGAAGAUGCUACAUUACCAAAUCCAAAUGGUAUAGAAUUCGACAAUUUGUAUUUGGACAUGAAUGGUAUCAUUCAUCCGUGCACUCAUCCGGAAGACAAACCGGCGCCCAAAAAUGAAGACGAAAUGAUGGUGGCAAUAUUCGAAUGCAUCGACAGACUGUUCAAUAUUGUUCGACCGCGAAAAGUACUUUAUAUGGCCAUCGAUGGUGUGGCGCCUAGAGCCAAAAUGAACCAGCAACGGUCCCGCCGUUUUCGUGCUUCGAAAGAAACGGUCGAAAAACAACUAGAAGUUGCACGCAUUCGCGAAAAACUAAUUACGGCUGGAGCUGCUGUACCACCGGAGAAACCAAAGGGCGAACACUUCGACUCAAAUUGUAUUACACCGGGAACACCGUUCAUGGAGCGGUUGAGCAAAUGCUUGCACUAUUAUAUUCACGACCGGCUGAAUAACAAUCCUGCCUGGAAGAACAUCAAAGUUUUCUUAUCGGACGCUAAUGUUCCCGGCGAAGGUGAACAUAAGAUUAUGGACUUCAUACGACGACAGAGGGCUCAGGUCGAUCAUGAUCCGAAUACGCAGCACGUUUUGUGCGGUGCAGAUGCCGAUUUGAUUAUGCUGGGUCUGGCCACACAUGAACCAAAUUUCACAAUUAUUCGCGAAGAAUUUCUACCGAAUAAGCCGAGACCCUGUGAGAUUUGCAGUCAAAUUGGACAUGAAAUGGAUAAAUGUGAGGGUUUGAUCGACAGUAUGGGGAAACCGGACAUUGCACUCGGCGGUCAGGUACAAUUCAUUUUUGUGCGGCUGUGUGUUUUGAAGGAGUAUUUGAAGAGAACGUUGGAUAUGCCCAAUUUGCCGUUCAAGUACGAAUUCGAACGUGUGCUAGACGACUGGGUGUUCAUGUGCUUCUUCGUCGGCAAUGAUUUUCUUCCUCAUCUGCCUAGUUUAGAGAUCCGUGAAGGAGCAAUCGAUCGUUUGAUAGAAUUGUACAAGAAAUGUGUGUACAAAACUAGUGGAUACUUAACAGACUCUGGUGAAGUAAAUCUGGAUCGCGUGCAAAUGAUUCUAAGGGACCUGGGCUUUGCAGAGGACGAGAUAUUUCGGCAAAGACAGCGACGUGAGCUAUCGUACCGUGCCCGGGAAAAAAUGAAUAAAAAACAGAAACGAGCCGAUGACCAUUCGCAUGUGAACGAUACGAAGUUUGGCGCCGUCCCAUUGGGACGCGACCAUCAACCAGCACAAUUGGGAAAUGCACGCCAAGAAAUGGCAAGUUUCCGUAUGCAGGGUUCCGGUUCGUCGUCAACAAACUGGAAAGUGGAUGGUGUCAAUUCCAAGGCAGCUUUAGAAGCGAUGAUUCGACCAGAGGACGGUAAAAGUGGAGCAGGCCGAAAGCGUACGCACGAUGAAGUGGAAAAAGAGGAAGAGGAAGAAGAAGAUCCGCAGAAGAAUGAUGAAGUUCGUUUGUGGGAGGCUGGAUUCAAAGAUCGUUACUACGAGUCAAAAUUUGAUGUCAGCUCCGACAAUGUUCAAUUUCGUUCAUCGGUCGCCUUACAGUACAUUAAAGGAUUGUGCUGGGUAUUGAAGUACUACUAUCAAGGCUGUGCUUCGUGGAAUUGGUAUUUUCCGUAUCACUAUGCGCCAUUCGCUUCCGAUUUUGUAAAUAUUGGAGGACUGUCUACGAAGUUUGAGAAGGGUACCAAGCCGUUUAAUCCGUUGGAGCAAUUGAUGGGAGUGUUUCCAGCUGCUAGUAGUUCACAUGUACCUAAACCCUGGGCUAAAUUGAUGUCAGAUCCGGAGUCCGUGAUCAUUGACUUCUAUCCGGAAGACUUCAAAAUAGACUUGAAUGGAAAGAAGUUUGCCUGGCAAGGUGUUGCGCUGUUGCCAUUCGUCGAUGAAAAGAGAUUAAUCAAGGCCGUCCAGCCGUACUACAAUCUGUUGACUGUGGAAGAAAUUAAACGUAACCAACGCGGCGAUGAUCGACUGUACAUUUCAGCAUCAAAUCCAAACUACAAAAAAGUUUUCGCUCUGUACAAGAACAAGAGUGAUGCUGACGUGGAAUUACCGAUUUUAAUUGAUGGCGUUCAGGGCCAUAUUCUCAUUGCCGAGGAAUGUGUACCGAAAGGAUCGUCGCUGCCGUCACCAAUUAUCGGCCUUCACGAAAUCGAUGAAAACAAAGUGGUCACUGUGAGAUUUAGAGACCCAAAGUAUCCAGACGACUUCGUUUUCAAGGCACAAAGACUACCUGGUGCUGUCGAUCCACCGGUGGUGUUAGCACCUGAAAAUCGUUCAAAUGAUUACAGGCCACAAAUCGGCUUCAAUCGUAAUUUCCCGCAAGCUUCAUUGGGAGCAGCCGGCCAUAGAAUGGUAAAUCAUCAUUCGAAUAAGAACAACGAUGGUCAGCAACGGCAUUACGCUUCAAUCCCACCGCCUCAACAGCAGCAAUAUCGCGGCGGAGGACGCAACGACAACAAUUCUUAUAAUCGUGGACAUAACAGCGGUGAAAACAAUUAUCAGAAUCGUUACCAAAAUAAUCAAAACAAUUUCAAUUAUGGUUACAAUAACCGCGGUGGACGAGGAGGUGGUGGUGGCGGUAGUGGUGGUAGUGGAAACAGUCAAUUUUACGGUGAGCAAAAUCGUUUCAAUAAUCGCGACGACAACAACAGAUUCAAUCAAGGCGGUGGAUAUCGCGGUAGAGGAGGAGGAGGUAGUGGUGGAGGACGAGGUGGUUAUCAAGGAAACAAUGAUCGCAGCAGCGGUGGUGGUUUCUGGAGGAGUUAAUUAUAUCGUAUUUUUCUCUGAAGAUUUUUUUUAUUUUUCAUUUAUGUGGGAAUCACGUAGAUACUUAUAUAGGCUAAAAAAUCUAGAUUUUACUGAAAAUAAAACGAAAUCAAUUCCAAAAUAAAAA